GUCUGAGGUCAGAUUUCAACUGAGGAACAACACGAGGUGAGGAUCGCUAUGCUGUUUCUGAGGUUGCCGACAUCACUCACCAGCUGGCCUUUGACGAUGGGACCAGACGCCUGAUGACAGGAGCCCGGGAGGUCAGGGGUCGUCCUGUACGCUGUGACAUCACAAGGUAGACACUCGUCAUGGCGGCCAUGGUGGUAUGCGGCUCGGUCAGCUCCAUGAAAGCGUUGUGGGAGACCAAGAUCCAGAACGUCCGGGAGACGCGGGAGAAGCAGAGCAGGAAGAUGCACAGCAGCAGCAGGUUGAGCAUCGGCGUUUGGGAGGAGCGGGAGACUCUGGCUCAGCUCAAGCAGAAACUGACGACUGAAGAUGGCCGACUGGUUUUGCGCAUCGAGCACGAGGAGCGGAAGUCGCUGCCGGGCUGCCUGGUCCAGCUGAGUCAGGUGCAGGAGUGGCACGUUCACCGCUGCGGGCUGCAGAAGAUCCCAGGCUUCAUCUCGUCCUUCCAGAACCUUCUGGUCCUGGAUCUGUCUCGGAAUGGGGUCACGGAGAUUCCAAAACAGAUCGGCAGACUGACCCGGCUCAAAGAACUGCUGCUCAGCUACAACCGAGUCCAGUUUGUUCCGGAGGAGCUCGGCAACUGUGAGAGUCUGGAGAGGCUGGAACUGGCGAUGAACCGAGACCUCCACCAGCUUCCGGACCAGUUGAGCAAGCUGAGGUGUCUGCAGCAUCUGGACUUGUCCAUGAACCUCUUCAGCCUGGUGCCGCCAUGCUUGCUCAGCAUGCCGGCACUGGAGUGGCUUGACAUGGCGGGAAACUGCCUGACCUCCUUACCCGAAGACAUCAACAGGAUGGAGAACCUGCACGCCUUGUGGCUGCAGCGAAACCAGCUGGAGAAACUUCCGGAGAACAUCAGCAGGAUGCCCAGUUUGGACACGCUGGUUCUGAGCAGCAACAGACUGAGCGACAUCCCUGCCAUGAUGGAGGACAUGUCCAACCUCAGGUUUGUCAACUUCCGGGACAACCCGCUGACGCUGGAAGUCAAUAUAUCCGUGACAACGGCGCCUGAGGAGGAGGAGCAGGAGGACGACGACGACCGUGAGAUGUUUGGGCGAGACUUCAUGCUGUCGUACAUACGUGAGGCCCGGAAAAGAGCGCACGCCGCACUCAACGUGCACAGAGUCGCCUGCUGAGUGGCGUCAAAAUGAGUCAAACGUGGGAGGGCGUGGCCGUCAGCAGGACAUUCUCCAGCGUCAGGUGACUGCCGACGUAACAAGUGAGUCGACCGUGGAAUCCUCGGCUGCGCAGGAAGUGGAUUCUCCCGCUGUCGAUCAGAAGUUUGCAGCGGCGUCCCACCUGCUCGCGCUCGGCCGGCGACAGAAACCUGCCGGUGAGUCAAUGACAAGGUGAUGAUAUGCAAAUGAGCCUGCUUACCGAACGUCACAUGACCAGCAAACGAAUAAAUGUGUUGUCGAUUAAAAUCUGACAUCUUUACCCGA